GGUAGAGGGAGGAGGAUUCGCGGCAGGUCUCCUAUCCGUCGCGGACGACGCGGUAGACUUGCAAGUUCAUCAAAUCAAAAUCAAUUUCGAGAAGAAACUGAUGAGGAAGAAAACAGAAGAACGCAGGUACUAAUCACACGUGUCGAAUCUAUUGGAAAUGGAAACGAGAGAAGUGAGAUUAUAAAUGAAGGAAUGACAGUUACUGCCGAUUUGAUUCCGCUAUUGGACGAUGUUGGAAGAACAAAUAGGAUAUCUCCACGUGGUCGCGGAAGGCAUGUUAGACGCGGCCGCAACAUGCAAAGAGCUGCAUUUGAAGACAUCCAGAGACUUAGUCAGAAUGCUGGACAAGCGGGUAGAGGGAGGAGGAGUCGCGGCAGGCCUCCUAGCCGUCGCGGACGACGUGGUAGACUUGCAAGAAGACCACAUCUAAUUCGAGAAGAGACUGUGAAUACUGAUGAGGAAGAAAGAACGCAGGAACUAAUCGCACAUGUCGAACCUAUUGAAAAUGAGAGAAAUGAGAUUAUAAAUGAAGAGACUGUGAAUACUGAUGAAGAAGAAAGAACGCAGGAACUAAUCGCACAUAUCGAACCUAUUGGAAACGAGAGAAAUGAGAUUAUAAAUGAAGAAACUGCAAGAAUUGAAGAAAUUAGAAGAUCGGAGGACAUGCUGCUCACAAGAGCAAACGAAAUGAUCGCAAGAAUAGAUGAAGAAAAUAGAAGAUCGGAGGACAUGCUGCUCACAAGAGCAAACGAAAUGAUCGCAAGAAUAGACUCUAUUCUGUCUGAGAGUGAGAGAAAUGGCAUUGUAAUGAAUAACGAAGAUGAAUGUAUUUUUGAUAUACCGGAAGAUGAUUACGGUGCUCUUGGUUUCGACGAUGAACAAAAUGACUUUACCUUUUCAUCCUGCUCCGUCAGGUCCGGUGUCCGCGUCAAACGAACGGGGUGCGUGUUGUACGUGCCGGAGUACACCUGCUACUCAU